CGCAUUCCAGCUGCCGCCCUGCCUAUUCGCGUCUUCGGUGGGAGCUCCAGCAUCUCCUUGGCUCGAAAUGGACCCCAACUGCUCCUGCGCCACUGGUGGCUCCUGCACGUGCGCCGGCUCCUGCAAGUGCAAAGAGUGCAAAUGCAUCUCCUGCAAGAAGAGCUGCUGCUCCUGCUGCCCCGUGGGCUGUGCCAAGUGUGCCCAGGGCUGCGUCUGCAAAGGGGUGUCGGAGAAGUGCAGCUGCUGUGCCUGAUGUGGGGACAGCUCCGCUCCCAGAUGUAAAUAGAACAACCUGCACAACCUGGAUUUUU